GGUGCGGGCCGCCGGGUCCGGGGGGGCCCCCCGCCGCCCCUCAAGCCCAGGAGCAGUCGCCCCCCGUCCCUCCUCCUCGCCGUCCCCGGCCCGGCGCGGCCAUGGAUCUGACGAGCAGCUCGGGCGGCGGCGGCGGCGGCGACCCCCGGCAGAUCGAGGAGACCAAGCCGCUGCUGGGGGGCGACGUGUCGGCCCCCGAGGGCACGAAGAUGGGCGCCGUGCCGUGCCGCCGGGCCCUGCUGCUGUGCAACGGGAUGAGGUACAAACUGCUGCAGGAGGGCGACAUCCAGGUCUGUGUCAUCCGGCACCCGCGGACCUUUCUCAGCAAGAUCCUCACCUCGAAAUUCCUGAGGCGCUGGGAGCCGCACCACCUAACGCUGGCCGACAACAGCCUGGCGUCCGCCACGCCAACCGGGUACAUGGAGAACUCCGUUUCCUACAGCGCAAUCGAAGAUGUGCAGCUGCUGUCCUGGGAGAACGCCCCGAAGUACUGUUUGCAGCUCACGAUUCCUGGGGGGACCGUCUUACUGCAGGCUGCCAACAGCUACCUGCGAGACCAGUGGUUCCAUUCUCUGCAGUGGAAGAAAAAGAUUUACAAGUACAAGAAAGUCCUGAGCAACCCCAGUCGCUGGGAAGUGGUCUUGAAAGAGAUCCGGACUCUGGUGGACAUGGCCCUUACCUCCCCGCUGCAGGAUGACUCCAUCAACCAGGCCCCACUGGAAAUCGUCUCUAAAUUGCUCUCAGAGAACACGAACUUGACUACACAGGAGCAUGAAAACAUCAUUGUGGCAAUCGCCCCAUUGCUGGAGAACAACCAUCCACCACCAGAUCUCUGUGAAUUCUUCUGCAAGCACUGCAGAGAGCGGCCCCGGUCCAUGGUGGUCAUCGAGGUGUUCACCCCCGUGGUCCAGAGAAUCCUCAAGCACAACAUGGACUUUGGGAAGUGCCCGCGACUGAGGCUGUUCACUCAGGAGUACAUCCUCGCCCUGAAUGAGCUCAAUGCAGGGAUGGAGGUGGUGAAGAAGUUUAUCCAGAGCAUGCAUGGCCCCACAGGGCACUGCCCUCACCCCCGGGUCCUGCCCAACCUGGUGGCUGUGUGCCUGGCUGCCAUCUACUCCUGCUAUGAAGAAUUCAUCAACAGCCGCGACAACUCCCCCAGCCUGAAGGAGAUCCGCAACGGCUGCCAGCAGCCCUGCGACCGGAAGCCCACUUUACCUCUGCGCCUUCUGCACCCCAGCCCGGACCUGGUGUCUCAGGAAGCCACGCUGUCUGAGACACGGCUCAAGUCGGUGGUCGUGGCCUCCAGCGAGAUCCACGUAGAGGUGGAGCGCACCAGCACUGCCAAGCCAGCGCUGACGGCCAGCGCAGGCAACGACAGCGAGCCCAACCUCAUCGACUGCCUCAUGGUCAGCCCUGCUUGCAGCACCAUGAGCAUCGAGCUGGGCCCCCAGGCCGACCGCACGCUCGGCUGCUACGUGGAAAUCCUCAAGCUGCUGUCGAACUACGAUGACUGGAGGCCAUCGCUGGCCAGCUUGCUUCAACCCAUUCCAUUCCCCAAAGAAGCCCUUGCACACGAGAAGUUCACCAAGGAGCUCAAGUACGUGAUUCAAAGGUUUGCCGAGGACCCACGGCAAGAGGUGCACUCAUGCCUGCUGAGCGUGCGGGCCGGCAAGGAUGGCUGGUUCCAGCUCUACAGCCCUGGAGGGGUGGCCUGUGACGACGAUGGAGAGCUCUUCGCCAGCAUGGUGCACAUCCUCAUGGGCUCCUGUUACAAGACCAAAAAAUUCUUGCUCUCCUUGGCGGAAAAUAAGUUGGGUCCCUGCAUGCUCCUGGCGCUGAGGGGAAACCAGACCAUGGUGGAGAUCCUAUGCUUGAUGCUGGAAUACAACAUCAUUGACAACAACGACACCCAGCUGCAGAUCAUCUCAACCCUGGAGAGCACAGACGUGGGCAAGCGCAUGUACGAGCAGCUGUGUGACAGGCAGCGGGAGCUGAAGGAGCUGCAAAGGAAAGGUGGGCCCACCAGGCUAACACUGCCCUCCAAGUCCACGGACGCUGACCUGGCGCGUCUGCUGAGCUCCGGCUCCUUUGGCAACCUGGAGAACCUCAGUCUGGCCUUCACCAACGUCACCAGUGCCUGCGCGGAGCACCUCAUCAAACUGCCUUCUCUCAAGCAGCUCAACCUGUGGUCCACUCAGUUCGGAGACGCUGGCCUGCGGCUCCUGUCGGAACACCUCACCAUGCUCCAGGUGCUCAACCUGUGCGAGACCCCCGUCACCGACGCCGGCCUGCUGGCCCUCAGCUCCAUGAAGAGUCUCUGCAGCCUGAACAUGAACAGCACCAAGCUCUCAGCGGACACCUAUGAGGACCUGAAGGCAAAGCUUCCCAACUUGAAAGAGGUGGAUGUCCGCUACACGGAGGCCUGGUGACGCUGCCAGCAGCAAGAGGACGCUCGCCACCGCGACCAACAGCUCUCGACUCAUAGCCGUAGAGCAGCCAGUUCUGGGGUCCUGCCCAGCGCCCUGGCUGCAAGAUAGAUGAUGGGGGAGUCUUUCUGGGGGCGGAGGGGGGUGGGGGUGGGAAGGGGGCCACAAGCACGCCCAGCCCCCGCCUAAUUCUUUUAGCUUCAUCAUCGGAACCUUUUGACCUGAUCUAAAGCGGACUUUGUAGCAACGAGAGGAGCAUCAGCGGGUCGGGGAGGGGUGGGGGGAGGGUCCCUUCGUGGAUUUUCUUUGCCUUUGUGUUUUAACGCCGCGGGGAACUUCACCUCCAAAGCCACCACCACAGGCGGGACGAGGGCGCUUUCUCCCCGGAGGCUCCGAGCUGAGCGCCCGCUGCCAAGCGUGGGCUAAGACCUCGUCAUACCAUCGCACCUGUCCUGUGUACUCACCAUUGCUAUGCAAAGUGGUUCUUGUUGUACAUAAGAUUUAAAUAAUGCACCUAUUUAAGAAACAUUGACAAAUUGUGGGUCUGGGACCCGCCUCUUAUUUAUGAAGUCUUUGGCCCCCUCCCGUCCCCCCCCCCACCCCCACCCCCCCCGUGUAGUACUGUACAAACCAUCCAGCUGUUGGGUUAGUGGUAGUUGUUAUUGUUAUUUUUUUCUUAAAGGAAACAGACACACACAACAGACAAAAAAAAAAAAAAUGAAAAAAAAAGGGAAGAUGACCCUCCUUGGACACUGACUUGCUUUUUCAUAAUGGAUUCUAAUGUGCUCUCCUCCGUCCGUCUGUGCAUCCCCAGGGGCGGGUGGCCGCCUCCCAGCCGACCUCUGCCUCGGCCCCUUUACAGGUUUGGAAGCGGGGGGCUUCCCACCUGCUCCCCGUGGCCCCCACCCCCAGAGAGCUCUCCGCUGUCCCCUUCCCCGCCAUCGUGUGUGCCCUGUGGCCCCCUCAUGCAUGCCCGCCUCUCUGCAUGGUCUCUUGGGAGAAGAGAGAGAACAGCCUGACCGCCCAGCCUCCCCUGUAAAUGUGACCACUGCUCCCCAGACGCCCUCUGCCCCAUCCCCACCCCUGCGCCGAGGACAAGCCAACCUCCGUUUCUUUUAUAAAACAGUCGGCUUUUUCUUAAUGAGCCCUUACUGUACAGAACAGUUCCCUUGAUGGUUUCUUUGGGGUCUCCCUCUUUCCCCCAGCCCCUUUUUCUGUUGGUUUAGCACAAUUAUGUCCCUCCUUCCUGCCCUCCACACCCCAGCACCUCCAAGCCUCGCCCACUGUCGAUGUAAUUGUUUUUUAUCUAUUUAAUCCUAUUCAAUGGAAACCAUGCUUUUGUCGUUUUAUACUUUGCUAGGUAGACUUUAUUACCCCCCUACUAUGCCUUCAUUUUUUUAAAAAAGGAAAAAAAAGAGAAAUUGGGAUUCAGUCUUAAUUCCUUUUCUGUGCCAGGUUUUAUUUCGUGUGUGUGUGUGAGUGUGUCUGUUUCGUGUUUUGUUCCGCGUUGUUGUUGUUUUUCGUUGUUUGGUUUUGUUUUUCCUCCUUCUAGUCCCAUACUUUACAGCACUCUGGUGCAGGAAGAAGCAGAAGCAAAAACAAAAAACGAAACAAACAAACAAACAAAAAAAAAAUCAAACAAAAAAAAUCUUUAAAAAGAAGAAGAAGAAGAAGAAGCGAGACAUGCCACCUUCCCCCGCACUGUUGCUUUUCCUGGUGGUUAAUACUACUGUCGCGUAGCUGUGUACAAAGAGAUGUGAAAUACUUUCAGGCAAAAAUAAACUGUAAGUGACUCAUCA